UGUCCAGCUCACCUCACAAGCACUCGCCCUCACGCUCGUCGCCGCUGUCCUCGGAGCAGCAGAUCGACGCUGCCAGAGAGGAGCCCGAGCGCCCCUCGAAGCAGCGCCGCGAUAGCCAGUCGUUUUUGCGCGAUGCGCUGUGGAUCUGACGCUGCGCUCUGGACAGCUGCAUGAUGUGCCUCUCCACCCAGCAUGCGACUCAUCAGCCGCAGCCUGCCUCACACUCGCAGAGCCCGCCUUACCCGUGCAGCGGUCGGCACCGAAUCCGCGCACGAGGAGGCGAGGCGGGGCUCCCAUGAGGCCGUCUUCGAUUCCUGCGUGCAAGACAUCACUGCAUCGGCGCGGAGCAUCGCUAAUUCGGUCAAGCUGCUUCGCGCAGCCUGGCAGCAAAAAGUCGCAGAGCUGCGCGACGUCAAGGACGAGCUAGAGCGCACGAAGCGCGAGCUCAACGAGAAGGUCCAGGCCGUCGCCGAGGCCGAGACCAGCGCGCACAAGGCUCUCGCCGAGCUCAAGACCGCCCAACUCGAGGCUCAACGCAGCAGCACGGCGCUUGCUGUGAGUGCCGUGGCGGUGCGGCAUCCCCACCAGACGCUGCCCAAGACCAAGGUGUCCAAGGAGGCGCGCAAGAAGGUGCUUAAACGCCUCGGCCUCGAGGACGCCUUUCAGGCCGUCCAGAAGCAGAUCGAGAGCAACCUGGCAGAGCUUGAGGCGACUCGAGUCCGACGGCGCACAGCCGAUGCCGCCAUGGCCGCAGUCCCGCCGACGAUGCGUUAGCCUUCCGCCUCGCCGCACACCAUGCGGCAUAUUGAGCCUCGCCGCCACCGACGAUGCAGCAUAUCAGAGACGCAGCACAGCAUCAGCUGCAGGCAGGAGGAUGCAGAGCGCAGCCGCAACCAGCAGCAGCGCCACCCCUGCACCCUGCAGCUGCAGCUGCUGCUGCUGUGAGGCUGCAGACGAAGACACGAGUGCUUCGAACUCGACGAAGCCCAUCUCUCCUACCUCGUCCGCCCCGCCUGCGCGAUCACUUGUCUCAG